AUGAUCUUUUAAAAGAGUUAGUUAAAUAACAUGGGGCUAAAAAUUGGAAAAAAAUAGCAAGCCAUUUUCCAGACCGCACAGAUGUUUAAUGUUUACAUAGAUGGUAAAAAGUCCUUAAUCCUACUCUUAUAAAAGGUCCCUGGACAAAAGAAGAAGAUUAGAAAGUAACUGAAUUAGUAUUAAAACAGGGACCAAGAAAGUGGAGUUAAAUUGCUAAAUAUUUACCAGGAAGAAUCGGUAAAUAAUGCAGAGAAAGAAAAAUGGACAGAAGAAGAAGAUUAGAAAAUUAUUAAUGCACAUAAGAUAAAUGGAAAUAAAUGGGCACUUAUUGCUAAAUUCUUACCGGGAAGGACUGAUAAUGCUAUAAAAAACCAUUGGAACUCCACAAUUAAAAGAAGAAUAAAACAUCAAAGAGAAGCUUAAUAGACAUAAUAAAUUAGUAAAAGAAAAUAUGUAAUACAUAACGAGAAUACGAAUCAAAGUGAAAAAGAUUAAAUAUUUUAAUUGCCUUAAAUAAAUGAAAAAAAUAUUUAAAAAGAUUUUAUUACUCCUCAUAGAAAAAUUUAAUAAAUUAAAUAUGAUACAAAUUUAACAUCCUUCAAUAUUUAAAAACCAUAAAAUAAUAUUCAAAAAAGAACUGAGAAAUUUCUUACUCCAUCAGAAUAAUUUGAAUAAUCUACUUCUAAAAUUGAUUAAAAAAAAUUAUUAAAAUCAAAUUAAAAGGAGAUUUAAUUGCAGGGUAUUUUUUAAUUUCUAAUAAAAAAAUAAAAUAUAUAUAAUUUUUUUAAUUUAGAUAUUGAUUAAUAACUUAACAUUAUUUUUCCAAUAUUUUCUAUAUAGUAAAUAGAAAAAUUAGAUACUUCUUAAUGCUUGUUAAAAUAACUAAUAUAAUAAAUAUAAGGAACUUAUGAAUUAUAAUGA